AUGGCAGGCAAUAUGCGACAGCCUAUUGAUGUAGAAGUCUUUACGAAGUAUGUUCAAGCGAACAUUCCUGCCAUCAGCGUACCGCUACGUUUGAAGCAGUUUAGCCAUGGGCAAUCCAACCCGACGUACGAAAUCACGUCGGCUACCGGCUCAAAAUAUGUACUGCGAAAGAAGCCACCAGGCAAGAUACUCUCUGAAAGCGCGCACCAAAUUGAGCGCGAAUAUCGGGUCAUCAAAGCCCUUGAAAACACGAACGUGCCGGUUCCGAAGACAUAUGGAUUCUGCGCAGAUGAAAGUGUCCUUGGGACACCGUUCUACAUCAUGGAGUUUCUGGACGGCAGGAUCUUCGAGGAUGCAUGGUUGCCGGAUCAAACCCCAGAAGAACGUACCCUGAUAUGGAAAGAGGCAGUACGUACACUGGCGAAGCUGCACACAGUCGACCCAUCGGCAGUCGGUCUAGACGACUGGAAGAGACCCACCCGCUUCUACAGCCGCCAGGUCAAGGCACUCUCGAAGGUCUCCGCUGCGCAAGCUCAAGUUAGAAACACCUCUACGGGUCGGGAGGUGGGCAAAUUGCCUUACCUCGAUGAUCUGGUGUCAUUCUUCGCCAACGAGAGCUCUCAGCCGACCGAACGUAAGGCGCUCGUGCAUGGAGACUACAAGCUCGACAAUCUAGUCUUCCACAAGACCGAGGCCCGUGUCAUUGGCAUUUUAGACUGGGAGAUGGCCACCGAAGGGCAUCCGACGUCCGAUCUGAUCAACUUGACCGCCUCGUUCAACUGGUCGGCAAUGCAGGUACCAAUGCUCAUCGAGCAGACCUUGACCGAUGAACUAAAGGAAGUUCAAGAGAAAUUCCGUCAGGGCAACGUGCCGGGAAUCCCGAGUCUUGCCGAGUGCUAUGCCUGGUACGGCGAUGGCGUCGGCUGGAAUCCUGAGUCAGGCGCGGAUUGGGCCGUGGCCUUCAACCUCUUCAGGACUGCCGUCAUCAUGCAAGGCAUUACCGCACGCCAGGCACAGGGCCAGGCGAGCGGGAUCAAGGCUGCGCGAUUUGCGUUGCAGACUAUGCCGUAUGCGCUAUGGUCUCGCACCAGUGUGGAGAGCAUCAAGCGCAAAGGGUUGGAUGUGCGGGGAAAGCUCUGA